AUGGAUGUAGGGAUCUUCGACAGAUUCAGCACGAAAGCCGAUUGGUUUUCAAACCUACUGGAUGAUAUCAACAUGUGGGUAAAGAUCCACAUGCUGCGGGAAGAGAUCGACAUGCUGGAGACCUUGACAUUGUCUGCCAGCAUGGAGAUCCCGGCAGCGACAACAUCCGUUUCUAAUCCUUCGGCGGCGCCAACUUGUACGGCGGCUCCGGCACCGUCCUCCGUUGCACUGUCUAUUCCGUCGGAGGCACCAUUUUUUCCGGCGGACCAGGCAGCACCUCCCUCUGAAUUGUCUUCUCCGGCGGCGGCACCAACUGCUCCUGCGGCCCAGGACCCAUCGCCCACGGCACUGUAUUCACCGGCAGCUGCAUCAUCCGAAAUUAUCGUUAAGUACUACACUGGGAUGCGUAAAGCUGGUGGGGGGCACUAUAAUCUGCUCGUCUCCUUCCUCGCGCAAAUCAAUCGCGCGAGGAGGAGACACCACAGCGCCGCCAGGCUGCCGCGCCGCGAUCGCCACCGCCUCCGCCGCGCGCACCACCGCCGCGCCUCCGCCUCGCGCACCGCCACCGCCGCCGCCGUGCACCGCCCUCUCUCCUCUCUCCCGACGGCGCGCAGCGUGCCGGCCGUCUCCAGCGCGCCGCCGCCCGCGCUCCACCGCCGCGCCCCGGCCUUAAUCGCUCGCCGCCGUGAAUCGCGGCCGCCCGCGCUCCACCGCCGCCGCCGCCGCGCUUCCACCGCCGUCGCCGCGCUCCACCGCCGCGCCCUCCUCCACUCGCCGCGGCAAGAUUAA